AUGGGAGCUGCACAAAGCAAGAAACGCAAAAGGGAUAGAAAAAGAAAAAAGAAAUUGCAGAUAGGAAUGACUUCAGAUUUCGACAUGCCGCGCAGCGCUAGUGUUGAUGUCCUUCGGACGCUGAACAUCUCUGCUGCCUGCUGCUCUCACUGUCAGCAGUUACGAGAGAGAACAAUUUGUCGAUCUCUAGGUGGCUCACAUCAUCUGCUUAGCCACACCUGUUGGCACGGAGCCCGCAGUGACACUAGUAGCAGGAGGGACGGAUAUGAAUCUGGUCCCUGUUGUUCAGCCUCGGCUCAUUGUCUGACAGCCUCUAUCGCAGGUCUGGAAAUUGAACGGAGCACCAUGUCGCUGAAUAGGAAUUUUGCUGGCAGAAGUUCAAGGUUUAAUGAGUCCAAAAGCUCUGAGUUUAAUGAGUUGUUGGAAAUUCUCAAGCAUCACGGAGGACAAGGGGGCCAUUCUCCAUCACCAGAAAGUGCAAUAAUACAGAGUCAAGCAAAUGAGAACAAUGAUGAUGAUAUCAUUGUUGCUCCAGCGACUGUCACAACAACACCAACAGUGGUGUUAACAUCCACUGAAGAUUCUCAGUCUGGAAAUACCGACCAGCCAGUUCAAGGUCAGAAAAAGACCAUCAGCAUCUUAGAGGACGAGGAAUCAAGACUUGCCAGAUGGGAACGUCAGAAGCUGAUGACGCAGCAACUGCGGACACUUCGCAGACAUAUACAACAACAAGAAGCUGCAGGAAGAGUUGAACACAGUGCACUGCCAUUUGAAAUUUUGAGCAGCACCAAGAAGACAGAAGUUUCUAGCGCACAAAACAUAUCAGUUGAACAUGCACCCGUGUUGACUUCUGAUACUUUUGAAAAUUCUGCUAGUUCUUCACCUGAGUCAAAAGAAUCCUCAAACGCUUCUCGCCGUAUCUUGAGAAGUAAAUUCUCUAGGAUGAGCAACUACCGGUAUUUAGACAAUCACCCUAUUUUGUCUAAACUUCAAAAUGAACAGAAUAACAGACUUGAAACCAUGGAGCGGAGGAUGAAAGAAAUUCGAAUCAGUGCCAUGCAAGAAGCAGAGAGGAGAAAAUUUGCAGAGAUAUUCCCUGCAAAGGAGGAUAACUCUAGAACAGAGAGAAUGUUGCAGGAGGCUAAAGAAACACUGGAGAAGUUAAAAGCAGAGAAGAGAAAGAAACAAGAAAUGCAACAAAAACAGAAAGCACAGUUAACAAUCACAAGUGCAGGUUCAAACCGAUUGUAUUCAGAUACUCAUGAUGAGGACUCUAGAACAGAUGAUGACUCAGGGGACAUCAUCCCAGUUCAUUUCAUGCCAAAAGUAGGAGACAUUUCACCUCCGAGCAGUGAUACAACACUGAUCCAUCAAGAGGCACAGAGCUCCAAGUCCCAAGCGAAAAAUGUGAAGUCACGUGAUAAAAGCAGCACGUCACACUGGCUAAAUGAGGCAUGGCCUAACAUUAAUUUAGGUAAGUUCCUAGGCAACCCACUGACUUGGUUUCUCUUGCCGUUUCUGAUGUUUCCCUUGAUAUUGCGGCUGCUGCUGUCCUUGGUCAUCAACACGAGCAACAACAACAGCCACACCAGUAACAGCAGCAGCAGCAGCGACAGCUUCAACGCCAACGGUGUUGAUACGCAUGAAAAGAAGCUAUAG